UCCGCGAGUUCAAACCCCUCGUCUCUUCCCUCCUCUUCCUCUCCUCGCUUCCGCUUCAUCCGAUCAUCCCCCGCGCCAAGAACUCGAUCGAUCACCAUGGAGGAAGACAAGCACGCGGCUGUUGAUGCUUUGGAGGGGGAGGAGCACGGAGGAGGUGGGGAUCCCGUGGAGGGCCCCUCCGACGACGAGGUGGGGGGUACCGGGGGGCGGCUGGUGCGAGGGGACGCUUCGACGGAGCCGGAGGGAUCGGGAUCGACGGCGGUGGACAAUGCCGGUCAUGGAGUAGUCGCGGAGGAGAUUGUGGAGGACGACGGCCUCGAGGAACCGUCGCUCGAGUGGGAGGGAGUAACGGCGGCGGGGGGCGGCGGUGAUGGGGCCGCGUCGGAUGGCGACAAGGACGAACACCAUGAGGAGCCCAAGAACCCGUUGGCGACUCGCUUCGCGUUCCGAGCCACGGAUGCGAACACGACGCUGGUCUCCACCUAUCGCCGCAUGCUGUCAGGGAGAAGGAGGCAUGCCGGCCCGACGCGCUUCAUUGCCGCGGGAGAUUCCGUGUCGGGCGGCUCCAGCAAUCCUGCUCCGAGCACAUCUUCGCCAGAGCUCGUGACAGGUUCACCGGAGGACGACUCGGCAGUGCCUGAUGCUGACCAUGGCGCCUCGCCGGCCGGAGAGAAGAAGAAGGAUCUUGAGGUUGUCGAGGAGCAGCGAGAGGAUCGCAUCGUGUCCGGACACAUGGCGGCGAAUGCGAUUCCCCCUUCCACCUUCCGCAUCCGCCCGACUCGGAGCAGGAAGCAAUCCAGCCCGACGCGCUGCAUCGCCAGGGAAGCCGCUCCACCUCCACCAGGCCUCCUUGCUGUGAUUAGCCCUGCUCCGGGCGCGUCGGCGUCGUCCUCCUCGCACCGUGAACCUUCUCGGAGCAGGAAGCAGCCCCGCCCUGAACACUUCAUCCCGGAGGAAGGCGAGGCUGCCGUCCAUGCCAAGGCUCGCCGGAGUGCCAUUGCUCUCGACAGGUUCAUCACCUCUCAGCUGAACAACCCGUCGGGGCCCAGGUCGGAGUGGGAGAGUGAAAUCACGGCGGCCGACGUCGGCGAACAGCGAGAGCAAGGCACCACGACCGAUCAGCAUUCUUGCUCGAUACAGAUCCCUGAAUCGGCAGAGCCACAGGGGCCUCAAGAACUGGCUGAAGAUAGGCGAAGAAUCCCUGAAUCGGCAGAGCCACAGGGGACUCAAGAACCGGCUGACGACAGGGCAAGCAUCUACGGCGUUCUUGCUGUUCUUGGCGCUUCACUGGUUCUCAGUGUGGUCGCCUGCGUGCUGUUCUACGUCGUUGGAUCCCAGCGUCCGUCCUCCGACCAGAACCAGGAGGUAAUCGUCAAUAAUUCUGAUGCACUGUUAGCCUGUUGGUUUGUGGAUUCUGAUGUCAAGUGUGCUGCUCUUGAGUCUUGUGUGUGUUCUUCAGUGACAGCGAGCGAUCUGAAUGGUUCAAAAUUCAGGAAAGGAUAGCUGACUGAAAGAGAGUCCCCCGUCUGCACAUAGUUUUUCUUCUUCAGUGACGCGUUGGUUUUAUCUGCUUCACUGCUUGUAACGGAGCGGAAUUUCUGAGUUCUGUUCUGACACAUUAACACAUUGCUAUUAGCUGGUUGUAAAUGUAGCAGAAUUACUUGUUACUGUUUGUGUUCUAUAGGUUCAUUCUUAUGUCGGUGCACAGCUACACUGGUGCUUGUAUGGUUUAUUAGAAAGACAGAAUGGCUGCAAGAUCGCAUAAGGUUUUGUGAAUGUUAAGCAAUAUGCAAUUCUUCAGUUCCACUGGAUGAAAGUAUGAGCUUAAGGUUUCCGUGUUCAGAGUGU